AGGGCCCGCAGCAGCACCGCGCGGGCAUGGCGUGGGGGCAGUCCCCUGGCUCUGCUGCCCUCUAGGAAUGACGUUCUUCCCUGGAGAUGGCAGGCAUACAGGCCUGGGUCUGUGGGAAGCUGUUCUCCGCCUGACAGUGCCAAGGACGAAUCCCUUGCUUCUCCCGAAAGUACCUUGCCUGCACCCGUAAAACAGGAACCAGCUAAAGCAGAAACGUUACCUGAUUUGAAUGCAGAAAUACUGUGUGAAGACUGGGAUGACAUUCCGCCUUCGUCUGCUUUGGAUAAGAUUUCUGAGGAAGAAGCCGCACAGAUUAUUGCGGAACCACUUCUUCCCCUUCAGUCUUCCACGCUCCGAGAUUAUGUUGAUCACUCGGAAACCCUGGCAAAACUUGUCCACCUAGGAGUUGACUUAUCCCAGGUGGAAAAACGUCAAAAGGCAGGUCAACUCUUACUGACCUUGGACUUUGAAAAAGAUAUAAGAAAAAUACUUCUGUUUCUUAAGGAUGUGGGUGUAGAAGACAGUCAGCUGGGACCAUUCCUGACCAAAAAUCCAUACAUCCUUGCUGAAGACCUCGAAGCUUUAGAAACCAGAGUGGCUUACCUAAAAUCGAAAAAAUUCGCUAAGGCAGAAAUUGCUGAGAUGGUCUCAAGAGCUCCAUAUUUGCUGUUGUUUUCAGUGGAAAGACUGGACAACAGACUGAGUUUCUUCAGAAAUGAACUCGGCCUCAGUGUAAAAAAGACAAAGGAUCUGGUAAUUCGUCUUCCAAGGCUACUGACUGGCAAACUAGAGCCUGUAAAAGAAAAUCUUCAGGUCUGUCAGAUUGAACUUGGUUUUCAACGUAAUCAAAUCCAACAGAUCGUGUUUAAAACCCCCAAGAUUUUAACUGCAAGUCGAAAGAGACUCAAACAGACAUUUGACUACUUACACAACAUAAUGGGCAUUCCCCACCACAUGCUUACUCACUUUCCUCAGGUUUUCAACUCAAAGCUAUUACGAAUCAAAGAGAGACAUAAGUUUCUGACAUUCUUGGGAAGAGCCCAGUAUGACCCAGCACAACCCAGCUACAUCUCUCUGGAGCAGCUAGUAUCCUUGCCCGAUGAGGUGUUCUGUACAGAGAUUGCCAAAGCCUCUAUACAGGACUUUGAGAAAUUCUUAAAAACACUUUAAUUAGUAACACAUGUAAAAAGGAAUAGAAUAAAGUUAUGAAAUAAACGUAUUUUAUACAACUAC